AUGACGACCCACUGCUGGCACCCGAAGCGCCGGACUUGGGAGAACCUAGGCCCAUGUCGAAUUCAGGGGAAUUGGGGUCGGAGCCCCGAGCUGGGGAUCAUGAUUUAUCCUCUUCUUCGAGCUUUAGGGGCAGGGGAAGCAGUGCCCUUGAAUCUCCCUCACGCGCUUGAAUCCCUCACGGUCUCGCUCAGCGAUGGGAGGCGGAGGAGAUAG